GUGUGUGUGUUGGGGGUGGGGUGGGGGAGCCAUCUGGUACCUUAGUAGCAUCCAAAACAUCAUCAGCCAUAACGACAGAAAUGGCCAGUCAGUCCCAGGGUAUCCAGCAGCUCCUGCAAGCCGAGAAGCGGGCGGCUGAGAAGGUGGCAGAUGCCAGAAAGAGGAAGGCCCGGCGUCUGAAGCAGGCAAAGGAGGAGGCACAGAUGGAGGUGGAGCAGUACCGUAGAGAGCGGGAGCAGGAAUUUCAGAGCAAGCAGCAGGCGGAUCUUCUCCACCUGCCUGGACCCUUCUUUCUCUGUUUCUGCUUUUGCCUUUCUCUCUUCUAUCCCUUUCCCAACCCCCCCCAGGCCAUGGGCUCCCAGGGGAACCUGUCGGCUGAGGUGGAACAGGCUACAAGACGCCAGGUGCAGGGCAUGCAGAGCUCUCAGCAGAGAAACCGAGAACGCGUCCUGGCCCAACUUCUUGGCAUGGUUUGCGACGUCAGGCCCCAGGUCCAUCCCAACUACCGGAUUGCUGUCUAGGAUCCACUGUAGGGCAUGCCUGUUCCCUUCCAUUUCCCUUUCUCAAAGAAAUCCCCCAAUCAAAAUUACCUCCCACCAUCUUCGCUGCUUAUUUCCCACUUUCUCUCCAUUCCCUGGAAAUUCUAGGGGCAAGAUCCAAUAAUUCUGUGACAUUUAGAAGUUAUCCUGUUCAGAGCUGAAUCUCCUUAUUGUUCUUUAACCUUCACUGGGACCUUGUAAACUCCCAAGUCACCCUCACCCAACUCCUCUUAAAAUUUGUAGUGUGGAAAAUUCAGGAUGUGGAAAACACUUUGGUUUCAGAGCCUGGGACACUGAGGUCCCUUUCCCAACCCUGCCACUUGCUGGGACAGGACAAGCUACUUAACCUGUAGUCCAGUGUCCUCCUCUACAGGACUGAAAUAAUGAUGAUGACGAUGACGGCAACGACGUUACCUACCUUAUAGGGUUGCUGCAAUGAUUAGGGAUCACUCUGUUAAAAGCCUCGCAUGGUUUUUGGCAUACAGUAGCUGUGAUUCAAUAAAUGGCUGCUUUAUGGCAUUAUUACUAUUCCCUGCCCACCUGCCAAAACCUAAACACAGCUGCUUCCUCUUAUUUGUCCAUGGCUUUCUUUCUUUCUUUUUUUUUUUUUUUUAAAGAUUUUAUUUAUUUAUUUGACAGAGAGAGAUCAAGUAGGCAGAGAGGCAGGCAGAGAGAGAGGAGGAAGCAGGCUCCCUGCUUAGCGGAGAGCCCGAUGUGGGACUCGAUCCCAGGACCCUGAGAUCAUGACCUGAGCCGAAGGCAGCGGCUUAACCCACUGAGCCACCCAGGCGCCCUGUCCAUGGCUUUCUAAUUCUACUUAUUCAUUCUGUGAAUCUAAUAAUUCUCUGAAGAAUUAGUUCUUCCUGCUUCUUUCCCCCCAGAGCUUUAUGAUCCCUGAAAAGUAAUGAACACCUUACUUAGCCUCUCUACUGUGAUUCCAGGAAGAUGUUGAAUUUCUUUGUCUUUUUGUCUCUAAGUUAUGUUAUGUCUUUAUUGGAUUUCCCCUUUUCCGAUUUCCCCAAAGACCCAUCAGAUGCUCACUGCUUCCUGAGACCUAAAGUGUUGCUAUGCUCCCUUGUAUGCAUGGCUUUCCUUUCUGCAUUCUCAAUAUCCUUCCCUUUGUAACAAUGCAAAAGUGUCAAUAAAGGAACUAUGGGCAAAUCAA